GUCCAACCCAACCCAAUCCAACGUCCGUCCGUCCGCCGCUGAAAACACCUCCCCUCCGACUCCCAGCAGCAGCCUUGCUCCCCUUGUUUCAACUACCCUUUGGAUCCACCGAUCGAGCGAGCGAGCCUUCUCCAGUUAGCCUUUCCCGCCACCUAAAAAAGCACCCGAGGUCGCCGUCCAUCCAUGUGCGGCGGCGCCAUCAUCUACGACUACAUCCCGGCGCACCGCCGCCGGGUGUCCACCGCCGACUUCUGGCCCGACGCCAACGACCACUCCGACGCCCACAGCACCGCCCCCGACAAAGCGCCGCGCGCGAAGCGGGGGCGGACGAACCAGUACCGCGGCAUCCGGCAGCGGCCGUGGGGGAAGUGGGCGGCGGAGAUCCGCGACCCCGUCAAGGGCGUCCGCGUCUGGCUCGGCACCUACCCCACCGCCGAGGCCGCCGCGCGCGCCUACGACCGCGCCGCGCGCCGCAUCAGGGGCGCCAAGGCCAAGGUCAACUUCCCCAACGAGAUCCUCGUCGGCGCGCCCGCGCACGAGGCCCCGUGCACGAUGGCGGCCGUGCUCCCUUCCCCCAAGAAAGAGGAGGAGCCCGCGGCGUGCUCCUGCGAGGAGGUGAAGGCGCUCUCCGAGGAGCUGAUGGCGUACGAGAGCUACAUGAGCUUCCUCGGGGUCCCCUACAUGGAGGGCGGGGCCGCGGCCGCCCCUGCCGCCGAGGAGGCGCCGGCCGAGCUAUGGAGCUUCGAGGACAGCUACUACCCAGGGCCUCUGGGGCUCUGAUUGUACCGUGCUCGUACUAGUCGCACCAAACAGAGUCAACAUUUUUCCCUUCUGUUCUGUUGAAUUCAUAUUUUUUUUCAACUUGUAACUGUGGUAUGCAUGCCUCAACGUGACUUUUACGAUUUCUCCAUGUAAAUAGAACAAUGUUUAAUCCACUCCAUGUUGCACUAAUGAGACCGU